AUGUAUGCAUGUCUUUCUGUCCGUCUGUCCGUCUAUCUGUCUGCCUGCCUGCCUUCAUGUGGCCGAACACCUGUGCGCUGCACUUUUGCAUUCGGCAAUUGGACGCGAUCAGAUUCUUUCCGCGACGGCGUGAAACGUUGCAACGUGAGCUCGCAAAAUGAGAAGAUCAGAGGACCUGGAGUCGGUGAAUGCUCAGCUGGAGAAGCGAAUCGCCUGGGACUCGUCUUCGCUUUGAGUGUCUCGCCCAUCGGGCCGCAGUCCGUCUGCACGGAGGACCAAGUUCAGGCCGAUAUCGCGGCUCUGCGCAAGGUGAGGCCGCUUUUGCGAUCUGCAGAUCGUGAAACACCUGGUUGGCAGGGAACCGUUGAUCUUCGAAGUGAGGAAGAUCUCAUGCGGGAGGCAAAGGUCAUUGUCACACAAAGUGAGCAGCUUCUGCGCAAGGUGGAAGAUCUCACGGCUGAAGAGAAGCUGGCCGCCGAAGAUCGGAGGCAUUUGCUGGAAAGGGCAGCUCGCCUGGCAUCUGAGGUUGAAAGAGCUGAGGCUCGUAUUGCGCAGCAGUCAGAGCUCGAGGAGCAGUGUGCACAACUCGACGCUGCCCAGCAGACGCUGAGCGCAGAAGUCGAGCGGCUUCGUCGCACCAACGACGCCUUGUGCCAGCAGGUGUUGGGUUCGGACGGCGAGGGCCCCUUUGCGGGCGCUCUGCAAGAGGUGUCCUUGCUGGACGGAGAGGAGGACCAGGCGAUGCGUGACGAAAUCGGCCGGUUGGUCCGGGGGCAGCUCCUUAUCACAAGCCAAUCUGGCAGUGUGAAGGGGGAUGCAGCUGCACUUGCCUUGAGACUUCAGCAGCUUCUGGCGGAGCGCGAGGAGGCCUUCUGGGUAGAACGACAGCGCCUCUCAGACCACAUCGCUUCCCUCGAGCGCGCUCAGAACGGGCGCAAGGGCCUCGAAGUCGGCCAUCCAGCGAAGACUUUUGGAUGGGCGGAUGAGGCGUUGGCCAUUGGACAGAUGAUGCGCGCAGCCAUGCUCCUUUAUCUCCUUUGUUCAUUCGCAACAGCUGGAGCGGUUGCGGCUCCCACAUGGAUGGGUGAUAGCUUCGAUCAACUGAAGGGUAAGUCGCUGCUAAAGAUCACUCUGCCGGGAUCGCACAACAGCGGCAACUAUGUUGGUGGCCUGCAUGCUAACCCGCUAUGCCAGAGUGACUACCGCUAUGAGGAGUACCUUGCCUCUCCCAGCUCACAGGCGUUGCUUGCCAGAGGGCAGCAUGUCUUCAGCCAGGCCGAGUUUGAUCGCAGAAUGAUUCCGUGGAACAUCAACCAUUUCCUGCCGAUCAAGGCCCAGCUUCUGGAAGGAGUCCGGUACUUGCACCUGAAGAUUUGCAACUUUGGAAAGCCCGGUGACCUUAUGGACUUGGCAGCGGUCCGAUUCCAGCAUCGCGGAUACACCACCCAUGAGACGGUCCUGUCGACGUUGCACGACAUUCGGCACUUUCUGCACGAGCAUCGCAAGGAGGUUGUUCUCUUGGCUUUCAACAACUUGCACAACAAUGCGUCCAAAGUCUUCGACAAAGCUGACGUGAAUGCCCUUGUCGCAGCCGUGGAGUGGGAGCUAGGAGAAAUCAUGAUCAGCAGACGUGACCUUUUCAACAAAACCCUUGGCGAGCUCGUGGAUUUGAACAAGCGGAUCGCUGUAUUUGUCAAAGGCGCUCGGCACGACUCUCAUGCAAUCAGCGAGCUGGACUUGGCCGAGAACUGGGCACCCGCUAUGGCCAGCGGCAAUCUGACUCUUGCAAAGGACUGGUUGCUGAGGGAUCUGAAAUCUGAAGCCACGCAGCAUUCCAGGUACUACGUUAUGCAGGCCAAUCCCAACAAUGCAGAAGCACUGAUGUACGAAGCUAUGAAUUCCGGCCAGGGGCCACAAUCAAACUUGAGAUUCUUGGAACCCUUCCUCCUUGACUUGCAAAGCCUUGUGAUUGAAGCGGUGCGACGAGAACCUCAGAUUCAGAUCAACGUGAUCGACACUGACUUCCUUUCCAUCAGCAGGCCUUACCAGACGAGCAUGCAGCUGAUGGGAAGUCACAUGGCUACAGUGCCUGCCACUGCCUUCGUAGCCGCCCGUGGCGGGGCAGAACGUCUCGCGGCUCCAAGUGUUGAGCAUGCACCUCGUUCUGUGUCAACCAGACCUGGUGUUCAGAGCCAGGCUGCCACUGCAGCCAUUGCCGGAUCUGCCUUUGCUAUCAUGACGAGCGGCAGAAAAAAGCCUGGACCUGCGCGUAAGGGUCUGCGAGUAGUUGCAGCACGAAAAGCUGUUCCUCCAGGUGUCUACUGCGAGGCGUUGGAGAAGUGUGAACGGCGCAAAACUCGCACUGUUUACGUCGGCGAGGUGCCAGUCGGCUCCGAGCACCCCAUUGCAACUCAGACGAUGACGACAACGCUGACAACUGAUGUCGAGGCGACAGUCGCCCAGGUCAAGAAGUGUGCGGAUAUGGGCAUUGAUAUUGUGCGAUUGACAGUGCAGGGCAUGAAGGAAGCCAAAGCUUGCGAGCACAUCAAGAAGCGUCUCCUCGAAGAUGGAUACAAGACCCCUCUCGUCGCUGACAUCCACUUCACGCCCAAGGUUGCUCUAGUUUGUGCCGACUUUGUGGACAAGGUUCGAGUGAAUCCUGGCAAUUUUGCAGAUGGUCGCAAGUCCUUUGACACCAUCGAUGAGCUGACAGAGGAGGACGUGCAGGAAGCCAAAGAUGCAAUUGAGGAGGCCUUGACUCCCUUGGUCCAAAAGCUGAAGGAGCAAAACAAGUCGAUGCGAAUUGGUGUGAACCAUGGAUCUCUGGCUGAGCGAAUCCUUUUUCAGUAUGGAGACUCGCCUGAAGGCAUGGUGGCCUCGGCCAUUGAGUUCGGGGAGAUCUGCCGCAAACACGACUUCCACAACUUUAUCUUCAGCAUGAAGUCUUCAAAUCCGCAAGUUAUGGUGAAUGCGUACCGGCAGCUUGCACGCGAGAUGUACAAGCUCGGCUGGGACUACCCCUUGCACCUGGGUGUCACUGAAGCUGGUGGUGGUUCUGACGGUCGUAUCAAGUCGGCAGUUGGCAUUGGAGCCCUGCUUUUGGACGGCCUCGGUGACACCAUUCGUGUGUCGCUGACAGAGGAUCCGGAGUAUGAGGCCAAGCCUUGCAUUGCCCUGCGAGGCGUUGCAGAGGGGGCCGUUGGGAAGGGUGUUGCGCCUUUCGAAGAGCACAGCCAGAGAAGGAGUGGUCAAUUCUCUCGACGCAAGUGCGAAUAUCCGAUUGAUGUCCCGCUCAACCAAGAUGGAUCCGUGCUUGCACGCAUGUCAGUGAAAGAACUGACUAGCCUGGAUACUGCUGGACUUUGCGACCGGCUCGGGCUGCGACUUCGUGCUGAUGGCGAUGUGCAAAAGGAUUGGAAGAGCGUGGAUGCUGUGGUGAUUGAAGGUAUGCUGCCCCCUGGCGCCGGAGUGAAGCUCAAAACCUUGCUGGACGUGCCGACAGGUGUUCUUUGCAAAGCAGGCCCCAACGUUCCCGAGGGUGCAACCGUGCUCAUGACUGCAGAUGCAGUGGCUGCAGGGAUGCAGUUAAGGCCAGAAAGACUGGGCGGCUAUGCGGUUGUGUUUACCGGGGAGGAGUCUCAGGACGAGAUGCAGGACGUGCUUGAAAAGGCAUCGCCACGAUUCAUUCUGCUGAAGCCUGCGAACCGGCAUGGCAGGACUUUCCUUGCAAGAAGAUUCUUUGCGCAGCUGGGGCAGCUGGAGGCUGGCAAAUCCGUUCCCACCAUGCUUUGGUUCCACUAUGCCAAGGAAGACAACAAAGACCAAGAUGAUGUUGUCGUUGAGGCAUCGGCGGACUUCGGCAGUCUCUUUGUGGAUGGAAUGGGUGAAGGUCUGCUCUGGGAUGCAGAAGAUCUCUCGUCUGAUGAGCUGCGCGAAUCGUCGUUUAACCUGCUCCAGGCUUCGCGAAUGCGUAUCUCCAAGACGGAGUUCAUCAGCUGUCCGUCCUGUGGUCGAACUCUUUUUGAUCUGCAGGAAACCACGGCGAAGAUUCAAGCACGAACCGGGCAUCUCCCAGGUGUCCGAAUUGCCGUCAUGGGGUGCAUAGUCAACGGGCCCGGGGAGAUGGCAGAUGCCGAUUUCGGUUACGUUGGCAGUGGAGUUGGAAAGGUCGACCUCUAUGUCAACUACGACGUGGUGAAGCGAGCGAUUCCCUCCGCCGAAGCCGUCGAGGCAUUGGUCGAUCUGAUCAAGGAGCACGGGCGCUGGAGCGAUCCAGCUGAAGCUGAGGAUGUGGAAGCGGAGGUGGGCCGCUCUGCCGCAAUGUCACCGCAGUUCCUUGGACGUUGCAGGUCGGAGCUGUUGCAGUCCUUUGAAGAGUGA